UUUACUUUCCGCGCUUUUCUCAUUGCGAAGUCCUUGAUUACGUUGUCAUACGACAGGAUCCGUGCUAUGUCGCGUUCAAUCGACAAAAUCGCUAGGCCAGACAAUCUUUCUUGGCCCAUCGUCGAGCGCAGUUUGUAGUAAUGAGCUGUCUAUGUGCGCUGGCGACGGCCGCGCCUGCGCUCCACGACCCCGCGCUUAGGGAACUGCCGGCGCUAAGGCAUGAGGAGGUGCACGACGAGUUCGGCCAGUAUGCGCUACGGUACAUUACUGCUGAGAACACGGUGGUAUCGGAGCGGGGUCACUUAGUUCCUAGUUCCAAUGGUGGCUACGUGAUGGAGAUCGAGGGUCAGUACCAGUUCCUCGGUGACGACGGCCAGGUGUACGUGACGAGGUACCGCGGGGGACCAGACGGCUUCCACGUCGACGGUGACCAUCUACCGCAGCCCGUGCCUGUACCAGCUGCAACUCUGUGA